AUGAUAGACGAUCAGAGCAAUAAAUCCCUUGCUGUUUCAGACUUCUUCAGCGCCUUUGGGGACAACAGUAAGGACGUUGAGUAUAUUUUGUCGUCCUGUGCGGGUAAGUUUGUGACUGCCGGACGUAGAGCGACAGGGUACGUAGUAGAGUCAUUGGAUAGAACUCGUGCGUUGAAUCUACCCGAAAUUAUUGAGUGCAAUGACAUUCCGAACAAUCGUAGUGAGAUACCUUCGCCUGUAGUUGCGUCUACUUACCCCCACUUACAGGAUGUUGCUUCACACAUACCUGAAGUUGACCAGCAAGCUAAUAUUGAACUUUUGAUCGGCAGAGACCUAAUAGAAGCCCAUCAUGUUUUGGACCAUCGAAUUGGUACAAAUGGUCUACCAUACGCUCAACGCUUGCCUCUUGGAUGGGUCAUCAUUGGCGAGGUGUGCCUUGGAAAGGUGCAUACGGCUGAGGUAGUCAAUGUAAAUAAAACCAAUGUGCUCAACAGUGGACGUCCUACACUUUUUGAACUCUGCGACAGUGACAUUACUGUAAAGUGCGAUUCAGUUUUUAAGAAAACCAGCGGAGAUGAAAAGCCAGGUUUGUCGAUUGAAGAUCAGGUCUUCUUCAAUAUCAUGGAUGUUGGCUUUGCGAAAACGGAUACUGGUCAAUGGACAGCCCCUUUGCCAUUUCGUGAGAAAAGUCCAGUACUGCCAAACAACAAGCCGUUUGCUCUCAGUCGAGCAAAGUCCUUUGAUGCCAGCCUUCAGCUGAACCCUGUUAAACGUAACCACGCUGUGGAAUUUAUGGAGAAUCUUUUCAAAAACGGACAUGCUGAACUUGCCCCAGAAAUACCAACCUCAAACGAAAGAUGGUAUUUGCCACUAUUCGGUGUUUAUCACCCUAUGAAGCCAGACAAAAUCCGGAUGGUAUUUGACUCAUCUGCCAAAUAUCAAGAUGUGUCACUCAAUGACGUCUUGCUCAAGGGUCCUGAUCUUUGCAGUAGCUUACUUGGGAUUCUUCUGCGAUUUCGUAGAGAGGCAGUCGCAGUGACGAUGGACGUAGAACAGAUGUUCUACAAUUUCAAGGUUCCAGAGAACCAAAUGGACUUCUUACGGUUCUUGUGGCAUAUGGACAAUAACCCAGAGCAGCCUUUAGUCGAUUAUCGGAUGACCGUACACGUCUUCGGUAAUCGCCCGUCUCCGGCCGUAGCGACAUACGGCAUGCGCAGGUCUGUGGAAGGUGCCGAUCCAGCAGUAAAGGAUCUGGUAAACAACAACUUUUACGUUGACGAUGGACUUCUCUCCUGUGCUGAUGAGGAGGAAGCCAUACAAGUGGUUCAUAAGGCAAAGCAAGCACUACAUGACGGUGGCAACCUACGGCUGCACAAGUUCACUUCAAAUAGCAGGAAGGUUCUGGAUUCCUUUGAUCCGAAUGAUCUUGCCAAAGACUUAAAGGAUCUGGAUCUCGGAGUAGAAUCUCUUCCGAUACAGAGAAGUUUGGGUUUACUUUGGGACACCGAGAAAGACGAUUUUACGUUCAAAGUGUCAAAGUGCCAAACCGUAUACAAAGAGGGGUGUUCUAUCUACAAUUAA